UUCGGCGAAACAUCAUUUCCAUCAAAUUCGUUGCCCCCGUCCCUCUUGCGCUCCUUCGCCGGUUUCCCAGGCCCCAACCCACAUUUUACUUCUCUCUCACCCCACGCCCAUCAAAUUGACCAAUCAACCAAUCACUCCCACCGCAACCGCUGCCCGCAGCAGCCACCGCCGCCGCUGCCGCUACCUCCUCCUCCAUGAGCAUACCCCUGAUUCCCUCUCGGAACAGCUCCAUGAACGACUACACUAGCCACAAGAUGCGCGUCGCCGUCGUCCUCGGCCUGUCUUUCCUCUCCCUCUUCCUUCAUCCCGCCGCCGCGGAGAUCAAAACCCUAAAAAUCGACUCUGACACCAGGCCCAUGAUCCUCUUUGAGAAAUUCGGGUUCACGCGCACAGGCCACGUCUCUGUCGCCGUCUCCGCCGUCUCCGUCAGAUCCUCCCUCGCCCAACCCGACCCCUCCCGCCUCGGCUUCUUCCUCCUCUCCGAAGAGUCCCUCCUGCAAAUCCUCUACGAGAUCCAACAAAAACCUGGCUUCUGCGUGCUCGACUCGCUCUACAUCACCACCCUCUUCAACUUCCGCGACCUCUCCCCACAUCCCGCUUCCUCCUUCAGUGGAUCCUAUCCCGUCACCGCCCCCAACGAGUACAGCCUUUUCUUCGCCAACUGCGCCCCCGAAAGCGCCGUGACAAUGGAUGUGCGCACCGAGGUCUACAACCUCGACGACGGCGGCGUCAAAGAUUAUCUCUCCGCUGGUCAGACUCAGCUCCCCACCCUCUUCUUCCUUUUCUUCCUCGCUUACAUCGUCUUCUUGGGGGUUUGGAUCUACGUUUGUUUUAAGAAUAAGCAGUCCGUUCAUCGAAUUCAUCUCUUGAUGGGGGGGUUGCUUUUGAUGAAAGCUUUGAAUCUGAUCUUCGCCGCGGAGGAUAAGCAUUUCGUGAAGAUGACGGGGACGCCUCAUGGAUGGGAUGUUUUGUUUUAUUUAUUUCAAUUCCUUAGGGUCGUCUUGCUUUUUACUGUGAUUGUGUUGAUUGGGACUGGGUGGUCGUUCUUGAAACCCUUCUUGCAAGAGAGGGAGAAGAAGGUGUUGAUGAUUGUGGUCCCGCUUCAGGUGUUGGCGAACAUUGCUUCAAUUGUGAUCGGCGAGACUGGGCCUUUCAUCAAGGAUUGGGUAACUUGGAACCAAGUGUUUUUGUUGGUUGACAUUGUGUGUUGUUGUGCCAUUAUUUUCCCGAUUGUGUGGUCGAUUAAGUCAUUGAGGGAGACCUCAAAGACAGACGGCAAGGCCGCUAGGAAUUUGGCGAAGCUGUCUCUUUUUAGGCAGUUCUAUAUGUGUGUGAUUGGGUACUUGUAUUUUACGCGCAUUGUUGUGUUUGCCCUCAGAACAAUUGCUGCCUAUAAGUAUACAUGGGUCAGUAAUGCUGCUGAGGAGACCGUUAGUCUUGCUUUCUACAUCACAAUGUUCUAUAUGUUCAUGCCGGUUGAGAGGAACGAGUACUUUGUUAUUGAUGAGGAGGAAGAGGAGGCUGCAGAGCUGGCUCUCCGGGAUGAAGAAUUUGAGCUUUGAACACCAAGAUUUUGUACCUUGAAAUUGGUGGGAGACAUUUUGUUGGUCCUUUCUACACAAACUUCGCUGCAGUCAUUGUAACAUUUGCAACUUGUCUUGCUGAUUUGGUAGGAGAUUUACUGCCACACAGGUUUGCUGUGACAUUUGUUUCAAUCCCUCUCUCUCUCUCUCUCUCUCCAUAUAUGUAAUAAGAACUUUGUUAAUCCAGGUAUACUUUUUUUUUUUUGUAUUAUUGUCUAAAUUGAGUUGUCAUGUCAUUCUGCCUUUAAUGAACUCUAAAUCAAAGGGUUUGUGCA